AUGGAUGCUGGAAGAAGAAAAGGUGAUCGGAACAUUCGCACAAUAGAUUCCUAUUUUAUGAUUCCGUCAAAAAAAUCAAAGCAAAACCCGGAUUCCGAAUGUUCUGAAACUGUUGCUACUACUGCAUCAGACAAUAUUCAUAAUAAUCAAAAUUGCCCAGUUACCAGUGAUGCUACUGUUGUUACUAUCAAUAUGCCAUUGACAAGUAAAGAUAAAGAGAAGCCGGAGGCAAAACAUCAGAAUGAUAUUGGAUUUCACAUAGGCAAAAAUAUUGACGACUUUACAAAAAAUGUCCUUCUAGAGAAACCUUGGAUGCCUGAUGACAAAUACAAAUACCCGUAUUCACUCCAUCCAAAGGGAAACGGACAAAUGGUUAAAAGAUACUUAUCCAAGGAGCAUAUUCAGAAAUAUAACUGGCUUGUUUAUUCUGAUGUCAAGCAGGAUUUAACAUCUAAAGAUGGAUAUAUUGAGACUCAUUACAGGAACGAGUACCAUAAAGAGUGUAUCACUGCAGCAAAAAAAUUCUUGAGGACAUAUCGUCAACCUCAAUCGGAAGUAGUGAACUUAUUAUCAUCGCAAAGAAUGCGGCAGGUUGAAGAAAACCGCGCUAGAUUGCGUCCAAUAAUUGAAAGUAUUUUGUUUCUGGGUAGGCAAAACAUUUCCCUCAGGGGUCACAGAGAUGAUGGCAACCUGUUGUCUGAUGAGCAGUCUGAAAUAUCGAACGAGGGUAACUUUCGCGCUCUUCUGAAUUUUCGAAUUCAGUCAGGUGACAAAGUAUUGGAGUCUCAUUUGAAGAACACAUCAUCUCGUGCCACUUACAUAAGUAAAACUACCCAAAAUAUACUUAUAAACUGUUGUGGUCAAGAAGUCACUACACGCCUUAUUGAAAAAAUCAAGAAAGCUCGAUACUGGUCGAUCAUAUUUGACGAAACUACAGAUCUAGCUCAUAUAGAGCAAAUUGUGAUAGUUGUCAGAUAUUUAGAUGAAGAUAAAGUCAGGGAAGACUUCAUCAAAUUUAUUGAUGCUUAUGACUCUCUUCACAAUAAUACUGGAAGUGCUGGUGCUGAUGCAGAUCAUGGAACACGAGAGUAUAAGUUAACUGGUAAGAACUUAGCUGAUAUAGUUUCAAAAUCUCUCGCUGAUCUUGGUUUGAAUCUUGAAUACUGUAUAGGAAUUGGUACUGAUGGAUGUUCAGUCAUGACUUCUGAAAAGAAAGGUGCAGUAUCAGAAUUCCAGAAAAUUGCUAGUAAUGCCAAUCGUGUUUCUUGCUACAAUCAUGCUUUGAACAAUGCAAUUUCACAAUCAUCUAAAAUCCAGAGUAUUCGUAAUACCGUAGGAGUUGUUAAGGAAGUCAUUUCUUUUUUCAACCAGUCUGCUAAAAGAAAUUCUGUUCUGAAAUCUGUUGUAGGCAAGCAGCUCAUGAGCCUUUGCGAGACCAGAUGGGUAGAAAGACACGACUCCUUCAUAAUUUUUUCUGAAGCUUUGCCUAAAGUUAUCAAAGCACUAGAAGAAAUAUCUCACUGGAAUGAUAAUAAUUCUUCGAAGAGUGCGAUUCAAAGGGUGUCAAAUGUGUGGGAUACCAUGGCUCAACUUCAGUCCACCAGAGAAAAUAAAGAGAGGGAAGAUGAAUUAUCUGACUCAGAAUUAUUAGAGUGUACCCAAAGCUCACAGAGCGAGUUAGAUCUUUCUGUUUUAGAGGACUCAGAGGAACAAAAUAUCCAGCCGAGCUGCUCUACACCAUAA